UGCAACAAAGUUCUCUUACUAGAUUAGACAAAAGUUUCAUUACAAGACAUCUUCAUCAAUUCCUCUUAGAUGGGUUUGUCAAUCAACAUGAACCCAUCUCCUGCUGUGCCUCAAUCUCUGUUUCUAACCCACAAGAUCUUCCUUCUCUGCAACUACAUCCUCUUGGGUGCAUCUUCCAGCUGCAUCUUCCUCACCCUCUCGCUCCGCUUAGUUCCCUCGGUUUGCGGAUUCUUCUUCAUUCUCCUUCACAUACUCACCAUCUCCGUCGCCAUUUGUGGGUGCACCGCGGCCACAUAUGGUUCAAACAAAUGGUAUGUUGCUAAUAUGGUGACCACAGUCCUAACAGCCAUAUUUCAAGGCUCAGUGUCAGCAAUGAUCUUCAUGGAAACCAGUAAUUUCUUGGGGUUUUUGAAGUCUUAUGUGAGGGAAGAGGAUGGUUGUGUGAUAUUGAGAAUGGCUGGUGGGUUGUGCGUGUUGAUUUUCUGCUUGGAAUGGGUGGUCUUAUCACUUUCAUUUGUGUUAAGGUUCCAUGCCUUUAUGGAAGGAAAUUUGGAGUCAAAUGGUUCAAUGGAUAUGAUGAGAAGCAAGCCUCUGUUUAAUGUUUAGGGUUGCAAUUUUUGCAUGAGAUCUGAUCAAAUUAUUCUUUCAUUCUCUAAUGUGGAAAAAAAAUAUUUGUUCUA